AACAAUUUAUUUUAUAAGAAAAAUAAAUUCUGGUAAAUGKAUUCAUUAUAAAUUAUAUCGAUGAAAAAACUCUAAUAAAUUGUAUGGUUUUUAGGCUAAUUUUGUGGCCAUGUGGCUGAUAACUUCAUGAGUUAGGAUGUUUCUACAGCGUCUAUUCGAUCGGCUUUUAAAUAUCAAUAAAAUUGUCAGUUUUUAAUACACACGAGUUGAACAAAAAGUUUCCAAAAUGGCGUUUGCUGGCCUCAAAAAGCAAAUUAACAAAGCGAAUCAGUACAUGACUGAGAAAAUUGGCGGGGUUGAGGGCACAAAGCUUGAUGUGGACUUCGUUGAUAUGGAAAGGAAAACUGACGUGACUUACGAGCUGGUCGAAGAACUUCAAAUGAAAACCAAAGAAUUCUUGCAGCCGAAUCCUACUGCCAGAGCCAAAAUGGCAGCCGUCAAAGGUAUAUCGAAACUCAGUGGUCAGGCAAAAGCGUCUACCUAUCCACAGGCUGAGGGUACCCUUGGUGAUUGUCUGCUUAUGUAUGGUAAGAAGCUUGGCGAUGACAGCCUAUUUGGCCAAGCACUACAGGAGAUGGGAGAAGCGCUUAAGCAAAUGGCUGAUGUUAAGUACGCAUUAGAUGAUAAUACCAAACAAAACUUCCUCGAACCAUUACAUCAUUUACAAACCAAAGAUUUAAAAGAAGUKAUGCAUCAUAGAAAGAAACUGCAAGGAAGAAGACUAGAUUACGACUGCAAACGUAGGAAACAAGCAAAAGGUUCGCACGUUAGUGACGAAGAACUGAAACAAGCCGAAGAAAAAUUUGCAGAAUCGUUACAUAGUGCUCAGAUAGGAAUGUUCAAUUUGCUCGACAACGAUAUAGAACAAAUAUCACAGUUAACAACAUUUGCGGAAGGUCUUCUCGAGUACCAUCAACAGUGUACWGAAAUUUUGAAAUUGGCAGUCAUGGAAAUCCAGGAAAAGCGUGAUCAAGCCGCCAGCCGCCCGAAAUUAGAAUUUGUGCCUAAGACUUUGAACGAUCUACAUCCAGUGGACGUUAUCGCGGAUGACAUUAAUGACGAGUACGAGUUGAUGGAACCACAGCUCGCACACGUCAAAGGUAGUUCACGAGCUUCGUCCCCGACUCACGCAAAGUCUAACACGCUGGAAUUAACGUCCGGAGCAAACCAUCACGAUAACCAGCAUCAACAAUCACAUCACAAUGCAUCUCCAGUUUCUUCUCCAAUUAAGUCAGUUCAACGACAAAUACCACGCAACUCACCUUGUUGUACCGCGUUAUAUGAUUUUGAAGCUGAGAAUCCAGGGGAAUUAGGAUUUAAGGAGGGCGAGACUAUAAUACUGCUGAACAGGGUUGACGAGAACUGGUUCGAGGGAAGCACCAACGGCCGUACUGGAUACUUCCCUGUCACAUACGUACAAGUCGUCGUGGCUCUACCUUAAGCAACGCAACUGCUAUUGACGAAGACGACGACAUCGAACAGACCACGACGCCAACUUCUCAACCCCCCGCGUAAGACUU